CGUUCGAUUUUACUUUUCAGUUUUGUUUAUCCUUUAUCUAUUGUAUCUCGUUUAAACAUAGUUUUUCCUCUCUGAAAGAUUUUAUCAAAUUUUGUUUCUUUAAAGUAUAACGUUAUGUUAAUAUAUAACUUCUGUAGAACACGUGUGUUCGUUUUUACAAUUUUAUAUGAAACCAUGUCAGAGGACAAAGUAGUAUUAUCGUUCGGUAACAUCAAUUUAUACGGCAGACUGGUAAACACAUUAAAAUUUACGAGAUAUCUAACAUCGAGAAUAAAUUACAUUGAAAAACAUCAGCUAACCGAAAGAAUCGAUCGACGAAGAUCUUCAAAGUGACAUAUGUAAGCCGGUUAACCUACGCGUGCGUGUUUAAAAUCAAAACUUGCAGUGGCGCGAAAAAACGUUCGUUAAUUAAUGUGCUUUGUUCGCAAGUAUUAUAAUAAUACGAUCUAAUCGUAUGUCAUUUUUUUAGAUUGCAACUGUUAUUAAGAAUCCAUUUACAUUAGUUGUUAUACGUUUGAUAUUUAUAAAAGAUUGAUUAUAAUAUUUGAAUUUUAUAGGAUAAUAUUUUUUAUAUAAUAUAACCUGAAACUUGUUUCUUGGCACAAAAUACAUAUAAAUAUGUUUUCUCAAAUGAGAAAGUUUCAAGUUAUCUCACUGCUGUCAAAAAGAUUAUGCCUGCAAUUAUUUACCAAUAAUUACUCGGUAAAUUUUUCUACAAUGAAUAAAACGGUCUUACAUUCCUUUCAAGAUAUUCCAGGACCAAUAUCUUUGCCUUUAAUUGGGACAUUGUAUAAAUACAUUCCUUUAAUUGGUGAAUAUUCAUUUACAAGACUUUACGAAAGCGGAGUUAAAAAGUUAAAACAUUAUGGUCCAUUGAUACGAGAAGAAAUAGUGCCAGGUGUACAAAUUGUAUUAGUUUAUCGUCCUGAAGAUAUCGCAGAAAUUUUUAAAGCAGAAACAGGUCUAUAUCCUGAACGCAGAAGUCAUUUAGCUCUUUUGAAAUAUAGAAAGGAUAGAAGCGAUAUAUAUAAUACAGGAGGUCUCUUACCGACAAAUGGACUUGAAUGGUGGAGAUUACGUAAGGAGUUUCAAAAGGUUCUUAACAAACCGAAUCAUGUUGUUAGUUAUCUGCAAGACACAGAUCAUGUUAUUAAAGAAUUUCUCCCUCUUUGUACUGAAGAAAAAUUUGAUGAUUUCUUACCAUUACUUUCGCGUCUCUUUCUUGAAUUAACAUGUUUCACGGCCUUUGAUGUAAGAAUGAAUAGCUUUUCAAAGGAAGAAAGACAGAAAGAUUCCAGAAGUUCGAAACUCAUUGAUGCAGCAUUUACAACUAAUAGUGCUAUUUUAAAACUAGACAAUGGACCUAGGUUGUGGCGAUUUUUCGACACGUUUCUUUAUAAAAAAAUGUGCAAAGCACAAAAGUAUAUGGAAAAGUAUGCUAUACAAUUUCUGUACAUUUUUUUUAAAUAUUAUUUUAUUUCCUUUUUUCUUAUACUUCUUUUUUCUUAUAGUAUUGCAAUAGAAAUGGUAACUCAGAAAAUGCAGGACAAAACAAUUCCUCAGAAAAACUCAUUUCUUGAUGCAUACUUGAGUAAUCCUGCUUUAAACAAAAAAGAUAUAGUUGGUAUGGCUUGCGAUAUGUUGCUCGCGGGUAUCGAUACUACAACUUAUACUAUGGCUUUUGUUUUGUAUCACCUUGGAAAGAAUCCUAAGUGCCAAGAAAAAUUAAGAUCAGAAUGUUUAACGUUAUUACCCGAUAGUAAUGAAGCCAUAGAAACAAAUAUUUUGCACAAAGCUUAUUAUGCGAAGGCUGUACUAAAAGAAACAUUUAGAUUGAAUCCAGUAUCAAUUGGAAUAGGACGUAUUUUGCAAACUGAUAUUGUUCUUAGUGGCUACCACGUGCCUAAAGGUACUGUAGUUGUAACGCAGAAUCAAGUAACGUGCCGACGUCCCGAGUAUUUCGAUGAUCCAUAUUCGUUUAUACCAGAAAGAUGGUUACGGAAAAAUAUAGACACCGAAAGUAAAGAUUUUAAUAUUGUAAAAUCUGUUAAUCCAUAUUUAGUAUUACCCUUUGGUCAUGGACCACGAUCUUGCAUCGCAAGACGUUUUGCUGAACAAAGCAUGCUAACUUUAUUAAUACGAAUGUGUCGAGAAUUGGAAUUCACUUGGUAUGGUGAAAAUCUUGGUUGUAAGUCUUUGUUAAUUAAUAAACCAGAUGGUCCUAUCAAGCUCAAUUUUACAAAAUACAAACAGCAAUGAAUUUUAUAUAUUUCAUUCUAAUAGAAAUUAAG